CAAGCUGUAUUUGUUUCCCCACGCAGUUGGAUUUACCACACUUUUGCAACAAAUCUAUCAUAUUUUCUGUCCUAGAUUUAGUUGUCAUGAUAUUGUCACCUGCCCAUCGAUAUGCAGAGUAGCUAAGCAUCUCGGCCUUCAAUAUUUAACCCUGGAAGAGUCUCAGUAGCUACAUUUACAAACAAAUAGAGGCUUAAAUGAGGCCCCAAUCAAUGUAAGUUGAUGUUUAACUGUUUGCUGAGCAAGUGCCAAUCUUUGACUCUCAGGAAUUCUGCCAUCCACAGUCAUUUAGUUGCUCCUUUUUUGGACUAGGCAGCACAAUUCUUUCUAAUUUAAAUUUAAGAUAUAUUUUUAGAUGAUCUUGGUUCCUUUCAAAGAGAGGGCAACUAAGUAGAAGUGUUCAAACCUGCAGACAAUAAAGCAAAGAAACUAAACACAAAAGGACAUGGACCUUCGUCUGACACUCCUGUUGGUCUGUCUCUGCAGCCAAAGAGUCACUAAUGCUGAAGUGGCAGAAAAUGAGUCAAUUCCUUUGGUGCCUCUUAUUCCCUUGAUGCCCAGCCAACCCAUAGAGAAAAUAGAAAAUGAAAGUACCCCACAACCAAUAAAUGCGCAUACCACAGAAGCACCUCUACUUGCAACAGCCAUAACUAGUAUGCCCAACGGGAACUCAUCAGAGGAAGAAGAGGAUGAAGGAUGUCUGUCUGUCGGCCGGAGCCAAUUGGCAAAGGAGGCCAUCGCUGCAGCCAUUCAGAAACUGGGUGUGCAGCUGCUGCAGAACCUGGAGACAACGCCAGAGCAGCCAAAUGUCAUUAUAUCUCCUUUGAGCAUAUCAGUAGCGCUCUCCCAACUGGCUUUGGGUGCAGUAAAUGAGACAAAGGAUCUGCUGAUGCAUCAUCUCCAUGAAAACACUGUCCCCUGCUACAACCAUGCUCUGUAUUAUGUCUUAGGGCAGCUCAGAAACAAUGACCUGCAAAUUGCCACACGCAUCUUUCUGCGCCAAGGGUUCCAGCCAAAGCCAGCCUUUGUCCUUGAAUCCCGACGGUUAUAUGGCUCGGAACCAGCAGUAUUGGAGAGCCUGCAGCAGAUAAACGACUGGGUAGAGAAUGCAACAAACGGAAAGAUGACUGACUUCCUGUCUUCUUUACCACCAAAUCUGCUCCUCAUGCUCAUCAAUGCUGUCCACUUCAAAGGAGAGUGGAAAGCUCGAUUUGACCCGCGCUUUACCUCUAGAGGUGUGUUCUACCUUGACGACAAGCGCAUGGUUGAUGUUGAAGUGAUGGAAGACGCCAAACAUCCCUUGAGAUUAUUUUUGGAUAAUGAACUAGAGGCUCAGGUAGCGUGCUUCCCAUUCCUGAAUUCAAUGAGCUUGCUGGUGGUCAUGCCUAUGUCCGGCCAGUUGAAUGUGUCUUCACUUUCCGCAAAGCUGAACAUCUCGGACUUGUAUCGUCGUCUGCCCAGGACGAGAGCUGUUCAAGUUAAAUUCCCCAAAUUCAAACUGGAGUAUGCUCAAGACCUGCAGGAUGUUUUUACUAAAUUGGGCCUCGGAGAUAUGUUUUCCAGACCCAACUUGGCUGACAUGGCAGACGGCCCCCUGCUGGUCUCCAGUGUGAAGCAUAAGUCCAACAUGGAGAUAAAUGAGGAGGGUGCAGAGGCUGCUGCAGCCACCACUGUAGUCAUCUCACGGGCAUCAAACCCUGUUUUCCACCUCAGCCAACCUUUCUUCUUUGCCCUCAUGGAUGAUAUGACUCAAGUGCCCGUUUUCAUGGGUGUCAUUAACAAUCCAAAUCCUGGUGCUCCUAUUUCGGAGAGAGGAGAAUUUGGAAGCAAAGAUAAAGUGGGAUUCCCAAUUGAUAAGGAUCAUGUUGGGCCAUUUAAAGGCCCACCUAAGUAGGGACUAAUACUUACACUGCUGUCCCAGGGAAAACACAGAACAAGAUCUCUUAUGAUCGUAUAGAUUAAAUGUACAAUGUCAAUAAACUGGAUCAAAAUGUGUGUGUGAAAACGGAUGCUUCAUGUGUGUCUUUAUUGCUACAAUUUGUGUGUGGAUGUUUUUCAAAAGUGUAAUCCAAUAAAAUGUAUUGAUUUAAAUAAACAACAUGUCAAGUUGAA